GUAGCUAGGUUGCACAUGUGCGAAUUUCAUGUUAAGGACACACAAACAUCCUCUCCUGAGGAAGACAGUGGGUUUUGAUGCUUGGUCAAAGGAAAUAUUUGAUAAUAGUUAAGGAGUUAACCUGCCGACACAACUUGUAUAGAUUAUUGGACGUUUCGCCUGGCCAGCUUCCCUUCCUAGUGCAUCUGGACAUUAUUACAACUAUUUCAAUAUGUGGGUAAAUAGCAUUGCACAUCAGCAGAGGUUGCUACUGGUUUGGGCUAGAAGAUUAUACAAACCGGAAUCAAUCUCAAGAGUGGACUCUUAUCAUGUCUCAGCCUCUGUGCUGUGCUCAGAGGACGGCAGCAGCAAACCUGUGCUGAAGAGACGACGCGGAGUUUCAAUAAACUCCUCCGGGGUCCAACACCAACCUGGGGAAUCUGAUGGAUGGCACACACAGGAGAGAACUGUGAUAAAGGAGCCAAAUCAGAGGAGCUGGGUUGACAGCAGAAUGUCAUCUGAACUCAGGAGACUGAGUAUGGAGGAUUUCCCUGAGGAGAAAAAAGAGAGGCUAGUGGGAGAGAAGAAGAAGGAGAGGUUUGGGGGAGAGAGGAAGGAGAGGUUUGGGGGAGAGAGGAAGGAGAGGUUUGGGGGAGAGAGGAAGGAGAGGUUUGUGGGAGAGAGGAAGGAGUGGCCGGUUGGAGAGAGGAAUAAGUCAUCAAUGGACUCCAAAGCAGAGAAAUAUGAGGUUGUUUUUGGCAUCGCUCCCUGUGUCCUGGCUCUCACUCAGGGUAGAAGGAAGCCCCGUAAACUGUUUGUAAAAGAUGGCGAGGCCUCUCACAGGGCGUCUGUGUUAAAUGUGUGUGAGGAGGCUCAUCGGCGAGGAGUACAAAUCCAGCGGGUCAGUAACAACGAUCUGGACAAGAUGUCUUCUGGGCGAGUGCAUCAGGGAGUGUGUCUGCAGGCAAGUCCUCUGGGCUAUCUCACUGAAGACAGAGACUCUAAACCCAACGCGGGGGACACUCCUCUCUGGCUCGUUCUGGAGAAAAUUCAGGACCCCAUGAAUCUCGGUGCCAUACUGCGUUCGGCGUAUUUUCUCGGCGUGGACAGAGUUGUCAGCAGCCUUCAUGAUAGCUGCCCCUUGUCUCCAGUGGUCAGCAAGGCCAGCUCAGGCGCCAUGGAGGUGAUUGGGGUGUACGGAUACGAAAACCUCGAGGACAUGCUGAAGAUGAAGAUGGCGCAGGGCUGGCAGGUGGUGGGCACGGUGGGAGCUGAAGGGGAGGAGUCCCAGGUUCCUAUCACCCUGUGUUCAGACUUUAAAGUGACCAAACCCACGGUGUUGUUGAUGGGGGGUGAGGGGGAGGGACUGUCCCAGCAGCUGCUCUCUCUGUGCCAAACACUUCUAACCAUCCCUGCCGGCAGAGAGCUGUUCCCGGGGAUUGAGUCCCUCAACGUCUCUGUAGCUUCAGGCAUUCUGCUCUACUCUCUGCUGUCCUCCAGGAGGCCCGCCAGAUGAACAACACCUUCCAUAUCUGUCUGUACUCUAUGCAAGAUGCAAGGGAACUGAGAAUGUUAUGGAGGACAGAAUGACAUGUCGAUGUAUUUGAAAUUGAACACAUCACGGCAAUCUUCAGAAAUGGCUUUAAAGGAUAAGGAUGAUCUUCUAUAAUGUUGGUUCUGUCAACACAUUCCACAGUACUGUGGAAGUAUCAGUGUAUCUGGUUCUUAUGUGCUAUAGAACUCCAUUGUUGUCCAAAAACUAUUAAAAAAAUAUCAAUGAGGCACA